GUUCAAACAAAUUUUGCCUCUGUGUCAAUCGCUCCAUGCUUUCCGGUUAGCAUUCACGUAAAAAGCUAAAACCAGCUUUCUAUCCCUCAAGAGCAAUUAGUAACUUGCAGAGAGAAGCAACGCAUGUCAUCGAUCGGUUGUCCAGGCUUAGGGAAAUAAUAGAAAGAUAAUAUAUUAUAAUGUCUACUGUUGGCAAUUCAACAAACAUAUUUUGGCAAGAAUCGCCUGUUGGGAAGCUUGAGCGGCAGGCACUACUUAAUCAAAAGGGAUGUGUUGUGUGGAUUACAGGUCUCAGUGGAUCAGGGAAAAGCACUCUGGCAUUUUCAUUAAGUCGAGAACUGCACUCCAGGGGAAAGCUAUCUUACAUCCUUGAUGGGGAUAAUCUUCGGCAUGGACUAAACAAAAACCUUGGUUUUGAUGCAAAGGAUAGAGCUGAAAAUAUACGCAGGGUUGGAGAAGUGGCGAAGCUAUUUUCAGAUGCUGGUUUGAUCUGUAUUGCCAGUUUGAUAUCACCAUAUAGAAAAGAUCGAGAUGCUUGCCGUGCAAUGUUGCCAGAUGCAAGUUUUAUUGAGGUUUUUAUGAACAUGCCUUUAGAAUUGUGUGAGGCAAGAGAUUCAAAAGGCCUGUACAAGCUUGCACGAGCUGGGAAGAUUAAAGGUUUUACUGGAAUUGAUGAUCCAUACGAACCGCCACUGAAUAGUGAGUGUGCAGAUCAGGAUACAGCCACAUUUAAGACCUUUUCAACGUGGAAAAAGAUUUGUGAAAGAGAAAUCGCGUUUACCAGUUUUAUACAAAGAAACAAACGACCAGAUCAGAGGGAGAGAAGAGAGAAAUAAAAGAGAAGAAAAUUGUUUUACAGAGAGAACGAGAUGGUGUUAAAUAGCUCUGUGGUGGUGAGGAUUGCGAAUCUAUCAGCGAAUUUGUGUCAGUACAUAGCAUGCAAUCCGGAGAGAUUGAGCAGCGACCAAGUCUUGUACCUUCUCUUCUGCGUCCCUCUCCUUGAGUUUCGCCGUUUUACUCUCUCCUUUUUAUCCUACUUGUGCUUUGAUCCUCACGCAUUCACCUCCUCAGAUUCCUCUUCUUCUUCUUCCGACGACGACGAAGACUAUUCCCACUCUGAUUGAUUGCCUGUUUACUUUUCAUAGUCAGAUCUGAUAUUUGUUUGAUUCGGUUCGGAUUCGGGUUCGUCGCCCUCCUCUUAUGGUUUAUGUAAAUUUCAAAGACGAUAUAAUUUAAGAUUGUGUUAUGGCUUUUAAUUCGAGAAAAGGUUAAUCCAUCAUUCGGAUUUGUUUCUGGUUUC